AUGAAGCCGGUUCAGGAGCUUAUAAAAGAGGAGAAGACGCCGGUGGCCGUGGCCGAACCUCCUCCGCCUCUGUCGGCUCUGCCGGGCGGCUUCCUCAAACAGCUGGUGAGAGACUCGGAGAAGGAGACUAAACAGAAAGAGCCGGAGGCCAAAGACGAGAGACCACCGAACAAGCUGAGCGACGACCUCGUGCAGCAGUUCCUCCUCCCGGAUCAGACUCCUCCGAUCCUCGAGGCGGAGAUGUCGCUCCGGGCCGAACAGCUCGUCAACAACAACAACAACAACAUCAGCAUCAAGCGGUCGGACGCCCAGAGCCACGGUUACGCUCCGGACCGAGGAACCGGGCGGGAAACCAAACAGGAAGUGAAGAUGGAGAGGAGCGAGAAGGAGGAGGAGAGGAGAGAGGAGGUGCAGCAGGUGGAGAAAAGGAAAGAGGAAGGGAUGGAGGAGAGGCAGGAGCCGGAGGGGAGGCAAGCAGACAUGAGUGUGACGGAGCCGGACAGGAGAGAGGUCAGAGAUGUUUGGUACGAAGCUGGAACUGUUUGGUUCGUCCACAAGGAGGGGUUCACCCUCGCCACUCAGCUGAAGCCGGACGAAGGCACACCUGAACUCCCAGAAGGCCGAGUGAGAGUCCGUCUGCAGACAGACGGGUCGCUGCACGACGUGACAGAGUACGAGAUCGAGAAGUGUAACCCGUCUGAGCUGGACCUGUGCGAGGACCUGAGCAACCUGCAGAGCGUCAACGAAUGUGGAGUUCUGCACAAUCUGACCAGUCGAGCUAAAGCCAACAUGCCGCUCACACAGGCGGGACCCAACCUGGUGAACUUGUGGCCUCCGCUGCAGGCUCACAGCAAGACCCCAAAGUCUCGGCGAGGGGAGUCGGUGUGGGACGCUCCUCCUGCUCUGGCUGCUCUGGUCAAACGGGUGUACGUGUCCAUGGUCGGCACCAGGAGGGACCACAGUGUGUGUGCGGUGGGACGCAGCGGCACCGGCAAGACCACCGUGUGCCAGGCCUUCACCCUCGCUCUCCUCAGACAGGCCGGGAUGACAGGGGAGAAGAUCAGCGUGGACCGUGUCCAGGCCAUGUUCACCAUCCUGAGGUCUUUCGGCUGCGUGAGCUCGCCGCACAGUGACGCUUCGUCUCGAUUCGCCAUGGUCUUCUCUCUGGACUUUAACCACGCCGGACAGGCUGCCGCUGGACACCUACAGACGAUGAUGUUGGACAAGUGGAAAGUGUGUCAGAAGACUCAGGGAGAGAGUAACUUCCUGGUCUUCUCUCAGAUGCUGGCAGGAGUCGGCACAGAGAUGAGGACGGAGCUGCAGCUGCAUCAGCUUCCUCAGUCCAACUCUUUUGGGAUCGUUCAUCCCACCAAGGUUGAGGAGAAACAGCGUGCGUCCGUCGCCUUCACCAAGCUGCUGGUUGCGAUGGAAACGCUGAGCUUCUCAGCCGGCGAGCAGAAGGCCAUAUGGCACGUUCUGGCUGGUAUUUACCAUCUGGGAGCCGCCGGGGCCUGUAAAGUGGGCAGGAGACAGUUUGUGAACUUCGACUGCUCUCAGGUGGCCAGCGGCGUCCUCGGAUGUGGGGGAGAAGAUCUGCACACCGCCGUCUUCAAACACCACCUCCGACAGCUGCUGCAGAGAGCCACCGGGGGCAGCAGAGAGGGGAGCUCUGCUGCAGAGUCGGAGGAGGGUCCCAGACUGACGGCUGCUCAGUGUGUUGAAGGGAUGGCUGCUGGACUCUAUGAAGAACUCUUCACCUCCAUAGUGUCGCUUAUCAACAGGGCUCUGAGCAGUCCUCAGCUGACGUUGGCCUCGGUGAUGGUGGUGGACGCGCCGGGCCUCAGGAACCCGAGACACUCUGCGGAGGAGCGAGCCGCCAGCUGGUCCGAACUCUGCCACAACUACCUGCAGGAGCGUCUGCUGGAGCAGUACCACACACACACCUUCACACACACACGGGAGAGAUACACACAGGAGAAGAUCCCAAUGGAGGGGGAGAGUCCAGAGAACAGUCCGGCUGAGGUGGUGUCUGCUAUCGACCAGCCGCCUCCACAGGUCCGGGCGGCAUGUGGAGACCCCAGAGGUCUGUUGUGGGUUCUCGAUGAGGAGAUGGUGACACCAUCCUCCAGUGAGAACAGCACCCUGGAGAGAGUCUGCCAGUAUUACAGCAACACUGUGCGUCAGUGCGAGCAGCCGCUGCAGUGUGAGGUGAACCACCUGAUGGGCUGCGACCCGGUCCGCUACGACCUGACCGGAUGGAUCGGUCUGAUCCAGAACAACCCGUCUGCUCUGAACGCCAUCUGUGUGCUGCAGAACUCCACCAUAGCGGAGGUGAAGGCCAUGUUCACCCAGAAGAUCUCUCUGCCCCCUCUGUGUCGAGGUCUGGGGGGUCUGGAGGGAGGCAGCCAGCGCUCUCUGCAGAGGAACGGCAUCAUCAGGAAGACCUUCAGCGGAGGAAUGGCCGCCAUACGCAGACACUCCCAGAGCAUCGCCGUCAAACUGCAGGCAGACUCUCUGGUGAACCUGAUCCGUCGAGCCCGGCCGGUGUUCCUUCAGUGUGUGAGCGCCAAGACGGACGGUGGAGGUUUUGACGUGGCGGCGCUCAGAGUCCAGCUUCACUCCACACAGAUCCUGUCGGCCCUGCAGCUCCACCGCACAGGCUAUCCAGAGCACAUGACUCUGAGCGACUUCAGGUGUCAUUUCCAGGCGCUGUCGCCUCCCAUCAUGAAACGUUACGCUUCAAUGUUUGUCAGCCACGAUGAGAGAAAGGCGGUGGAGGAGUUACUGGUGGAGUUGGAUCUGGACAAAAAGAGCAUCGUCGUGGGCGCCAGCCGGGUGUUCAUGAAGCGAGGUAUGCUGCGUUACCUGGAGCAGCAGAGGGACCAGCAGGUCACCGGCUGGUUGGUCCACCUGCAGGCCGCCUCCAUGGCACAUCUGGCCCGUCAGAAGUACUGCAAACUCAAG